UCCUCUGUUGACCUCAUCAUCGUCACACGUACUCCUAUUCUUCUCCUCCUCCUUCUUCUUCUUCCCCAAUUUUGCUUACCUUCCUUCUGAUCGCAUGUUACCUUCACGUCGUCCGAUGAUGGAGUGAGUCAAGAAGAAGAAGAAGAAGAAGAAGCAGAAGCCGACGAAGAAUCGUUCUUUAAUCUCCGGGCGUAGCUGGAAGGUCCUACCCAGCAUAGCAUAGCAUUCCAGGCAGAGAAUAAAAGGGAACAGGAACAGCGGAGUCAGGCGAAGCCAUGCACCCCUCCUCGAAGCCCACCCACCACCACCACCACCUUCUUCUUCCCUCCUCCGUCCAUCUCCCCACUCUCGAGACCAUCGCCAUGCGCGGCAAGGUCCGCACCACCUUCCUCCUCCUCGCCGUCGCCCUCCUCGCCUUCUUCCACUUCCACCUCCGCCUCUCCGCGGCAGCCCCCCCCCGGUUCGGGCUCUCCAACUUCUCGCUGGCGCGGCCCUCGGAGCAGUCCGCCGCCGUCGCGCUCAACUACGCGAUCCGGGAGGCGGGGCCCGUCCCCUCCCGCCACGCGUCCUCCGUCCCCGAGGAAACGAUCGACGCCGUCUCGAUCCUGUUCCCCGCCUGGGAGCUGCUCGUCAUCGCGCCCCCGGGGAUGGCGGGCGGUCGCGACUGGCACUGCGUGUUCCAGAACAACGCCACCUCGCCGGCGACGUUCGCCGGGGCCCUCCCCUUCACGAACCGGACGAUGUUCAAGUGCGAGCUCCCGCCCAGCGUCCGCCGCCUCCGGCCGUUCUACCAGCCGGCGCUGGCGCGGUCGCCGCCGUCGGAGGGGGCGUUCCCGGCGAGAGGCGAGGCGGCGGAGGAGCUCUUCCGGUGGAACUUCCUCGCGUACGAGUCGCUGUCCACGGAGGACGACGUCGUUCUGUUCGUGAAGGGUGUGAACAACCGGCAAGGCAUCAACAGGUCCCCGGGCGAGCUGCGCUGCGUCUUCGGCGACGAUCCGGCCACCGCCGUGAGGACCGCCGUCACGAGCUCCGCCCAGGAGGUCUUCCGUUGCGCGCACCCCAAGCUCCCCGCCGCCAACUCCGGAACGGAAAUCGAAAUCAAAAUCACGCUCGAAGUCGCGCGCGAGAAUCGGGUGAUCCCCUCGGUGGCGUACUACACCCCCGGGAGGCGCAGGUUAGCGGCGGACGGCCCUCGCUCGCUACUGUGCGCGUGCACGAUGGUGCACAACGUGGCCAAGUUCCUCAGGGAGUGGGUGAUGUACCACGCCAGCAUCGGCGUCGACCGGUUCUUGCUCUACGACAACGACAGCGACGACGGCCUCCGGUCGGUCGUCGGCGACCUCAACCGCGGCGGCUACGACGUCCGCGUCCUGACGUGGCCGUGGCCAAAGACGCAGGAGGCCGGCUUCUCCCACGGCGCAAUAUACGCGAACGCUUCGUGCGAAUGGAUGGCGUACGUGGACGUGGACGAGUUCGUCUUCGCUCCGGCGUGGAACGGCUCGGCGCUGUCGUCCAGGCUCAUGCUGACCUCGCUGUUGCCGGCUCGGGAUGAUCCGGCUCGGCACGGGCAGGUCUCGAUCAAGUGCUACGAGUUCGGGCCGUCGCACCGGAAGACGCACCCGCCGGAGGGGGUGACGCAGGGCUACACGUGCCGGAGGAGGAUAGAGCAGCGGCACAAGUCGGUGCUCCGGCUGGACGCUGCAGACGCCUCGCUGCUCAACGUGAUCCACCACUUCAGGCUGAAGGAAGGGUACAGGACGAAGCAGGUGAGGCUGGAGGACGGGGUGGUGAACCACUACAAGUACCAGGCGUGGUCCGAGUUCAAGACCAAGUUCAGGAGGCGAGUCUCGGCCUACGUCAUGGACUGGACCCAAGCGAUCAACCCGGCAUCCAAGGACCGGACACCCGGGCUCGGGUUCGAGCCGGUCGAGCCCAGAGGCUGGGCCGAGCGGUUUUGCGAGGUUAGGGACGAUAGGCUGAAGGCAUUGACGCGGAGGUGGUACGGGUCGGAGUUGGGUUCCGGGUACAGCAUGGCUUGGCAAAGAUGACGACGGCGGCGACGACUCGACCAUCCGAUGAUGCUCUCAUUUUCUCGGCAUGGGUUUUGACUCGUGGAUAUAUGAGAGAUUUGAUGGUAAACACACGGGGGAAUAUACUGGAAGACGAUUCUUUUUUAGUUAUCAGGGUGCAAGAUUUUGGAGGAAUAGCGGGUUAGGAAUGAGGAUUCAUUGAAUUUUCUUUUUACCCAUCUUAAUAAUUUGUGAGAGAUCAAAUUAGAGAGGAAGAGAAUUCUAUAUCUUUCCUUUUGUCUCUUUGCAUAAUUUCCUCUUGCUUUCUCUGUUCAGAUUUCAGUUGUCUUUCUUGACCAUCCCGUGUUUUGCUGUAUAUACAAUUCAACAAGUUCAGCAUCCA